UCCACUCUUCCCUCCUAACCCCGAACAUGGCCAGCAAACACGACAACCAUGAAGCUCAUCAACAGAAUGAUGAGGAGCUGAGGAUUGUGAUGGUGGGGAAGACUGGAAUAGGGAAGAGCGCCGCAGGAAACACCAUUCUGGGGCAUGACUGCUUUUAUUCAAAGUUCAGCGCCAAGUCAGUCACAGAUGAAUGUUCUAAGUACACAACUACAGUGGAUGGACAAAAAGUCACUGUUAUUGACACUCCAGGCCUGUUUGACACCAGAUGUGACCAGGAUAAAAUGGAUAGAGACAUCAGCCAGUGCAUCUCCUAUUCGUCUCCUGGACCACAUGUCUUCCUGAUAGUAGUCCAGCUGGGUAGAUUCACAGAAGAAGAAAAGAUGACAGUGCAGAAGAUUCAAGAAAUAUUUGGCCAGGCUGCAGACAGAUACAGCAUGGUUCUCUUUACUCAUGGUGACCUUCUUGAUGAUACAACAAUUGAGGAGUUCAUGGAAGAAAGCAAAGGUCUGAAGGAACUUGUGGCCAGAUGUAACGGGCUGUAUCAUGUCUUUAAUAAUAAGCUGACAGAUCACCCUCAGGUCAAUGAGCUGCUGCAGAAGAUCAGAGAUUUAGUCAAGACGAACGGAGGAAGCCACUUCACCAGUGAGAUGUUCCAAGAGGCAGAAAGGACAAUCGAAGAGGAAAAACAACGGAUCCUGAAAGAGAAAGAGGAGGAAAUACGCAAAGAGAAAGAGGAACUGGAGAAGGAAAUAAGAGCAGAACUUGAAGAAAAGCUCAGAUGUGUUACUGAGGAACUCCAGGCUGAAAUAGAGGAGGAAAAGGGAAACCUAGAGAUAGAGACAACAUGGGACUGGAAGAGAGAGGAGGGAAUAAAGAAGGAGAGAGAGGGGAGAGAGAAUGAGUGGAAGAAGAGAGAGGGGGGAAUAAGGCAGGAACUUUUCCACUACACUUGCCCCGUCUAA